CGCAACAAAGCGCACAAAAUGGUUGCGCUCUAGGCCCGGGCGAAUAAGUACGUUUACUAUGGCUUUAAGAACGAGAAAAUAGUGUCUGCUUCUUUAAAAUUAUAUCGGUUUAUUGCUGAAUAGAUAAUUAAGAAAAGUUUCAAGUUUCUAACCAAUAAAUAUAUUCUUCUAAUUCUCGUCGAAAGCCAGCAGAAAAUGCAUCACUGUGGGACUCGGGCCGCCUGCAAUCAUACCGUCUUUAAAGCAGAUUUGCUCUGUUUUUUCCCACUUUCCAUGUGAAACCGCUCGACUUAAAGAGGAUUUUAAGGUGCUGGACCGCGGGGAUGGACCGAUCCGCGGAUGUAAAUACAGCCGAGGAGCCGGCGGAGGACAAGGCCGCGGGGGAGACCGCGGUCUCCAGUACGGCCGGUGCCCCGCGGAGGGCGCUCCGAGAGCGGGCAGCCGGCCGACCUCGCUCCGCCGCAGCUUCCACUACGGAGGUUAACGGCGCCGCGGCCAGCCCGCUGACCUCGGGUCGGGUGUUGAGGGACAGGUCCACCAGGGCGGUACCGGCCUGGCUGAAGGACUCCAGGAGCGACGAGGACGAGGACGAGGACGAGCCGAGCCCGGACAGCGGCGCGGCCAGGCGGAGGAAAGUUUGCAGCUCCCGGCGGAGGAGACAUGCGGAUGCCCCGGGGGAGACCGGGGACGGAGAGUCCCCGCAGGCAGCGGACCCUGAAGACCCCAAGAAACCUGCGACGGAUGUUCAAGUCCUUUCCUCCAGGCGCACCCCGGCUCAGGUUGGUGUCAAACCCCCGGCUGGAAGGGCCGUCCGUGGGUCCGCCAAGCCCGUGUGUAAGACCGAACCUGGAAUGGAGAAUCCAGCUGCAAAAGGAGAGGCGAACAAUGAAGACAAGUAUGAUGUUGAAAAGAAAGAAGAGGAGACCAAGGAAUCAGCUCAGCAGGUCCUGGACGAUGAAGACCAGCCGUUUCAGGAUGACCCUAAUGAUCUGAACUACCAACCACGCGGUCAGAGCAGUGAGGAGGGUCUCAGCAGCGAUGAAGACGCUCCCUUUAGAGACGACUUAAACGACCAGAGCUACGACCCGAGAGCUGAAAGGGAUGCCCCCAAACCAAAACGCAAAGCCCCUCCAAGACAGAAGGAGAAAAAAGAAAAAGAUAAGGCACCCAAGAAGGAAAAAGAGGUCGCAGAGAUAAAAGUGGAAAGUUCAGACAACACUGAGACCGUGCAGGAGGACGUAAAGCUGGAAGAAGAAAUGGCCGAAGACCCGGAUGGACCCAGGAAGAGAGGCCGACGGAAAAAAGACGACAAAACUCCACGCCUGCCCAAGAGACGGAAGAAACCGCCGGUGCAGUACGUGCGCUGUGAAAUGGAGGGAUGUGGGACGGUGUUGGCUCAUCCUCGAUACCUUCAGCACCAUAUAAAGUACCAGCACUUACUCAAGAAGAAGUACGUCUGUCCUCACCCGUCUUGCGGGAGGCUUUUCCGCCUGCAGAAGCAGCUGCUGCGCCACGCGAAGCACCACACAGACCAGCGAGACUACAUAUGCGAGUUCUGCGCUCGAGCCUUCAAGAGCUCCCACAACCUGGCAGUGCACCGCAUGAUCCACACCGGAGAGAAGCCUCUGCAGUGUGAGAUUUGUGGCUUCACGUGUCGACAGAAGGCCUCUCUCAACUGGCACAUGAAGAAGCACGACGCCGACGCCACCUAUCAGUUCUCCUGCUCCAUCUGCGGCAAGAAGUUUGAGAAGAAGGACUGCGUGGUGGCGCACAAGGCCAAGAGCCACCCCGAGGUGCUGAUCGCCGAGGCGCUGGCGGCCAACGCCGGCGCCCUCAUCACGACCCCCGCCUCCCUGCUGGAGCUGCCGGGGAACCCCAACCAGACGGCGUCGCCGGCGGUCGGCGGCGGCGUGGACGUGAGCCAGGUGGGGACGGACGGUCAGGGAGACCCCAUGAGUCCGGACGGGCAGCACGUGGCUCAGGUGUCCCAGAUGGGCCACAUGGGCCAGCAAGUGAGUCACCAGGUGGUUUUACUGGGGCAAGACCAGAGCCUGCACACCAUGCAGGUGCCAGUGACAAUCGCCCUGUCCCCUAUCGACCCCCCCUCGCCGGCCGACCACCACCACCACCAGGGGCAGCUGCAGCUCCAGAUGCCCGUCCAGUUCGUGCAGACUACCCAGCAGCCGCAGCUGACCCUCCAUUCCAGCUCGGUGGUGACGCAGCAUCACCAGCCGCAGCUGCAGCCGCUGCAGCCGUACGGCUCCCAGCAGCAGCAGAACCCGGGGACGCAGACGCAGAUCCUGCAGAUGACCUUCCAGCCGGUCAGCCAGUCCCAGACCCACGUCCAGCAGAUCCCCAUCCUGGCCGCCUCCCAGCAGCUUCAGGGCCUACAGACGGCCGCGCCGAGCCCCCCGCUCAUGUCCUCGCAGCCGCAGUCCCUGGAUCCGGCCGCCACCAACGGCGACGGCUACAUCCUGGACAAUCCGGUGCUUUCCUCCUCCUCUCCGUCUGGCAGCUCCCUGCAGCCCAGCGAGGUGGUGGGGGAGGACGGGGUGGUGUGGGAGCAGGCGGGGCCGGGGGACGUUCUGGCCGACGGCACUGAGAGACACGCGCAGCAGCAGGCCCUCAUGUAAAACCCCGGUGGUCCUCAGGGCAGACGAUGGGUACCUUAUAUACCAUAUUGCCAAGUUUGAGGUAAAUGUAGGAUCACAGAUAUAUUAUUUACUGAUCACACUGGUAGGUUUUUAGAACAUCUGUAUCAGGGAAAGACGUGUUUGUGUAUGUCAUUGCUUUUUGUACAUAACAGUCCUGUAACUAGAAGUUUUUGUCUUUAUAUAUUGAUGUUGCUAUUAUGCAAUAAGUUAGCCCACCUUAUGAAUAUACAGGAAAAAUCAAAUGCUUAAUGUUUGGUAUCAAAUAAUUUAAUUUAUCAAAUGGAUUAAUGCAGAACACGCUAGAGUUCCUGUGUCUUGAGGUGAGUAAAUCCUCUUCAAAACUCUGGACAGUGUUUCAUUUACUGUGGAGUUUUACUGGAUUUUUUAUAAGAUGGUAUUCAAAGAGCGAACACUAAAAUAUCUAAGCAGAGAAGAAGAAAAAAAUAUGUAAAAACCCUGGAAAAGUAAAGGGGUAUACUUGCUUAAUAUGCCUGCAAACAGUCAAAAUACUCACUUUUCACAUUUAAGCAGUCAUUAAAUUCAUGCCACUGACAUUUGUGCAGCUGUUUGUCGACUUUACCGUUUGAGACUAAAGAGGAAUAUUAACCCGUAUAGUCUGAUUUCUUCCUGAAGUCCUCCGUGUUUGGAAUCACUCAAAGAUGACGUUUGACGUAGCGAAUCGAACACGUUCACCGCGAUCACCAUCACUAACUUGUCCGUUACAUCUGAAGUGUAAUGUCACUUUGAAAAGCAAAAAGCUAUGUAGAAAACUUAAAAUAUCUGCGAUCUCACAUGAGGUUUGUUUUUAGCACAAAUACACAAUAAAAAAUCUGUUCAUUUAUAAAAUUGUAAAUAAAUGUCUUAACAUUUA